AUGAGUAGAUACGAGUGGAUCAAGUCGCAGACGAACCGCGCGGUGUCAUGGCUAGUAGACACUGCGAGCGCCCAGGGAAGCGUAGUACGCACGGCCCAAGAUACUGCGACAGUACAGAAUAUCACGACGCACACUACCCCCGCACCCAAACAAGGCAGACUCAAAGGAAAAGCGCGGACAGAAGCGCGGGAGAAAGCGCGAAAAGCCAAAGAAGCCGAAGCCCUUCGCGUCGCCAACGAAGCUGCAAAGCAGGUCUCAAAACCACGUCAAGUCUCAACCGAUGAGCUCCUCCGACAGGGAAGAUAUCUACGAAAUCUUCAGGGGACGAUCAUAAUGCCAAAGAAUAUCUGGCGCGCAUACAAGGACGCUAUUCGAGGCCGCCAGAAGUACGUGGAAAAGUUCGCCGCCGAGGAGCCCGAGCACCAGGGCAACGCGGGACAUGUGUACUUCCUAGAUAUACUACGGCAGAUCGUCAGCAUGCUCGAAGGGCGCAUCCUGGUGCAAGCUUCCGCUUCGACGGCGACUUCCAAGAAUCAGGAUCGGGAUUUCACCAAUCUUUUCUCUCAGCUCAGCAUCGAUCCUGCUGAAGAUGCGAUUGAGCAGGAAGAAAACCCCAACUCUGAAGAGAAAGACGAUAUGGCGAUUGUUAAUGUUGCACCUGUUCGUUACGAACCGAAAGUCGACCCUGCUGAGGAGGCUAAGCUAUUGUGGUUCUGUUUCGUGGAUGACGCUGUCGAACUACGUGAUUACGUGAUCCUCAUCUGGCUCCGCUUCUUCGAAGGAGGCGACAUUGCUCCGAGUCUCCCAGUAGCCACGUUCCUGACAGAAGCUGCGAUGGCGCAAAUCACUAUGCUGGAGAAAACAAUGAAGCCACACUCCAUGAGUGAGAUGGGAAAACUCUCAAAGGUACUCCAAGACCAACAGGACUGGACGCUUGCGGCUAUAACGAUUAUGAGUGCGAGAGCAGCAAUGAAUGAGGAUACAACGUACCCAAUCUCGGUACCCCUGAGUUUACCACGACUGUUGAAGCUCAGCCCUCAGAUGGCCGUCGAUCCGAUUGUCAUAGAGAAGGACACGUUUCUUAUACAGUAUCUCAUGGAUCUAUCAUUGGAGCGCAACGGUUCCGUAAAGGUUGAACGCGAAUCAAGCGAUGGUGUCUCUUCUCUCAUUAACAAUAAGCUGGAUAUAAUUUCGCGGCUUCUUUUGUCCGUCUGGACUGGCACUUACCCAUCUGUCGCUGUAUUCUGUGUCGCGACUGCCCUCCAACACAUAUGGGAGAGCAACCGGGGUCAACUACGAAAGCCUAUGCAGGAACUGGAAAGAUACUUGAACAAACACCAGGAAUUCGCCGGGACCCUCUUCGACGAGCAGGUUUCCAUAUAUAGAUCCUCUACGACCGAAGAGCUCAAUACACUUAUGCGGUUUGUCCAGGUUAAUCCUGUGCAACUGGAUCGUUACCGUCAUAUUCGCGAAAUUUCACCUAAACAUCCAAAGGGUGCACUUUGCGGCCUGCAUCGCAACAUGUGGAAAGACCUGACUCUGUCAUACGAAUACAAGGAGAUGAUGAUGGAUCGUAUUGAAGAGCUUGAAGACCACCCAGGCAACAGUGAAGCGAUCCACAAGUACAUGGAGAAGUUCAUCAUCCCCAAUCCAGAUCCAAACUUCCUACGCUCAUCGAAUCCUGCCCUGUGUGGCAAACUACUUCUCAACGCCCAGAUGCGUAGAGAAGAGAUCAAUCUCAAUUUCGUCAACAUGAACCAGGACCUCCACGCAAUGUGCCACAUGUACAACGCACUCCGCCAAUUCGGCUAUCUCGACGAGCCCUGGCACGCGCUCGAAACCUACAUCGACCUCCACAUCAAGACAAUCUUCAUGGGCGAGCGCCCUACAGCCUCCGCUCAUGUCAUGGUAAACCGGGUAUUCCUCAGCUCAGGCCUGCACUCCGAGGCCCUGCGCCAACUCAACAAUCCCGAUAAGCGCACCAAGGACCCACGCUUUUUGGCGAAACAGAAGACGAAUCGCACGGGUAAUGUCACACUGUCACCGUUCAUGGGUAUACUGUCGGACUAUCUACACGAUAAAGAUACCAUCCAGCGCACGCUCUACCGCAUGGACGACGAAAUGGUCGCCCAAGCCAAGCGCGAACUCGUAGGCUUCAAAGGCCCAAAAUCCAGAAGCCCCGUCAAAUCCUACCUCAAAGACUCUGGCCACAUUGCUUUCCUCCAAGCGCUUGAAGUGCAAAUGAACCAGAUCGAUCGCAUCUUUGCGACUGACGGUAUCGGGCUGAGUCGCACUUGCACUGCUCUCUUUGAGGAGAUUACUUUAAAUGCCGAGUUUCAAUUGUCCACAUUGGCGGGACGGAAAGACGAUGGGUUCUCAUGCUUGGCCAUGAUGUUGAGACGGUUUGUGGAUGCGGAUCAAGGAGUGAUGGGGGCGAGGGAGGUGGCGGAGAGUGUGGCGGGGACGGCGGCCGCGGUGUUGAGGGGGUAUAUCCGAAAGGGCGGUAAGGGUAUGCCGCAGUAA